CAUGCCCUUGUACACGAUGGAAUUUAUCUUAGCGUUCCAUGCAUAUGUACAUAUAUUUAUCUCCAGUAAUACAUAAAAUGUUGUACACAGAAUACGCCAAGCCUCCGAGCACCUUCAGCUAGAUAUUUAUUUGCUUUAUACGAAUACUUAUUGACUUUCUGAUUUUGAGCAACACUUGUUCAAAAAAUAGACAACUAAUCCUAAGUUUGGAAAUGUUAUAUAAUUUUGAUUUGUUUGAAGACGUUCAUUGACAACAAUGUGACGACAAAUUUUGAGCAAUGAAGAUACUUGGGUUUGCAAUUACUCGGAUCAUCAUUGUUUGGCUUGUCCUAACCUGUCCUUGUGUAGUUCAAUGUGCAGUAAUAUUUGACUCCUUCACUCCGGACAAUUUAUCUUGCACUGAACCCAAUGGAUUUGGAUGUCUUUGCGAAUCUCGACAUGACUGCAAUAUGACGCAACACAUGGAAUGUAUCGACUACAAGUGUUUCUGCGAAUAUCCAAUGCACAGGACUUAUGACAACAAAUUAAAGAAAUGCGUGAGUUUAGUGGGAAGUGUUUGUGACUCUGUUUUUGCGGACGAAUUGCCAAGAUGCAUCAGAAAUGCUGAAUGUGAAGAUGGGCGAUGCAUUUGUCGGGAGGGGUACACAGUUACAACAAAACUGACCUGCAUGGUUGGUCAUGGUCAAGAAUGUGGACCAAUGCAAUGCAAUACAGAUCGUGGAUUAGCUUGUAAAUCUGGAAUCUGUGAAUGUCUUGAUAAGUCGUACACGUACAGCGCAAUAACCAGAAGUUGUUUUGAUCCGGAAGGUUUUGUGAAGAACGUGGUGGAAACUUGGUUUGGGAGGACUUUCUUGAGGGAUAUGAUACUUCGUAGUGCUGCUAAGUUUUUCCGUAAAGUUAUUUCAGUCCUGAAGAGUCCAAAGAGACUGUUGCGAGUAUUUAUUGGAUGAAAGAAAUAUGUACGUGUAUUCAAUUUGAGGAUACGUAUUUGCUUUCAUAUUAUACUCUUUUUACAUCAAAAUGGAAACAUAUAUUUGCCACUUUCCAAAAGGUUAUUUGAUACCUAUGUAUUAGUAGAGCUGGCAUCAUUUGAUGCCAUUUAGGUUAUAAUAAAGUGUACAUUCCGUAUUUAAAAUAGCUUCAAUCGAUACGGUUAUUCGCGUGGGAGGCAAAAUCGUUGUUCCGUUAUAUUGCAUAUAAAUAUUAUACUUUCCCGAAUUUCCUUGCUAUACAUACGUACAUAAAUAUGCGACUAUACGAACUUGAGAACUACGUAAUUGCCAAGUUCUAAAUGAUUGGCAUGAUUUUGACAGUUCUUAUAAACAUCAGUAAGUGCCCGUUGUCUUGCAGUAAGAAACCUAUCCCAUUGAAUAAUUUACCCUGGAACAGAAAGGACUUAAGCAUCAGCAAACCGAGCAUAAUUCAAGUAUCGUUGAGUUAAUUGACGUAUUGUCUCCACGAAUUUAUUGUUUUCGUUUUAAUUAGUUUGAGGCUGUAUUCGCUAUACGCUACUAAAUUCUUAUAAUGAAGCCACUUAUGAUCCAUGUCAACGUGGAGUGAAUUCCCAGCGGCGAAUCUCCACAAUGAUCAAGAUUGAGUCAGAAUUCUGACACGCUGCCAUUUGGAUCCGUCCAUACCUUCCUCCCUCCUGAAUACAUAAAUAAUUGCUAUCGUAUCGAAUUGACACAAAGGAUCUAAUUUGUAUUGCAAAUGUAACGAAAUGAAACUAACUUUCUUUUGUGUGGCUAAUACCUUAUAUGCAAGUGUUGCAGUUUGCUGCUUCCCUACAAGUGCUGCAGUUUGGUAUAAUUACGUGUUAUGCUAACAGUCAUAACUUUAAACCCUGUACUGUUACAUAUUUAUCGUCGUCACGGAUGAAUGUGACCACGCAUACAGAACAAACAUGCAUUGUGGUCAUGCACAUGUUACCACUGCAGUCAAUGCAAUAAUAUAAUAUGCUGAAGGCAUUAUUUUAACUUGAGGAGUACUUAAAGUUAGUUAAAUAUUAAUAAAGAGUUAUUUAUUAACAUUGCCUAUGAUGAAACUUCCGUCUUUUUUCGUUAUCAUUUAUUUCCUUUCGUUCAUUCACGUUUGAGUUCACCUUGCUCACAACCUAGCUUUAGAAAGCAUCAAGAUGCAUUUUCAAAAUAAUUUUUCUAGUCCUAUAAUAAUCCUUUUCUUUAUCUUACUUGCUUUUAACGUCAAUUCUGGAUUGUGUAUAUUUAAAACAUGGUUCAGUAGUGGCACGAAAGAAAACGCCAGUGUUACCGGUGUUGGACCUUUUCAGACAAAGAGACAAUCAUCUAUCGAUAUUGGCAGCGAUACUUUGCCCAUGAAAUUUGGCGAGGAGUGCGAAACCAAUGGAAGAAGCUGUAAUGAGGCCGACUUCUUGGAAUGCAUUGAUGGAAAGUGCAUGUGCAAAAAUCCCAUGAGCCAUCUAUAUGACGAAGCCAACUUCCGGUGUGUAGGGCUUUCGGGAGCGCAGUGUGGAGCAGGAAAACCUGAAUGUGUGGCGAACUCUCGAUGCAUGUUUGGGUCAUGUCAAUGUCUUGAUAAGUACGGGGAGACGUCCACCAAGGUCUGCAUGAGAAACCAUCGACAGUCCUGUUCGCCUGGAGAGUGCAAUGGCGACAACGGCCUGGCCUGCAUGAGAGGCUCGUGCCAGUGCAUCGACUCGUCCCUUGUCUUUGACCCGUUUACCUCGAAAUGUGUCAACCCGCAGGUCGAGUUUGACAAGUUUUCAAGAACAGUGGGGAGGAACGUUGUGCAGCGAGUGAUUGCCAGGACUUUGAGCGACGCCACUUCCUUAGUUUUUCUACCCUUGCGACUACUAAUUCCUGGAUUUGGUUGAUCAAGUAGAUCUAUUUCAAGAUUAUUUGAAUAAUUGUGUGAUUGUUUUAAAGCACACAUUUACUGUUUCCUAUCCAAACUUGUAAAUUAUUUAUUGUAAUAAUUACUCAUUAUUAUAGACAACCUUGUACAUAUACUUAUACAUAGAUAAAUGUCCAAUGAAACAUCGAUUUUCAUUACUACAG